UUGUUUUAUAUUUGUUUGAAGUGUCAAAUUUGAUUUCUUCCUUUUGCAAGUUGGUGUUGCAGCUGAGAAAGUUUCCGCAAUUUGCAGGCAUAAAUUGUGGACUUGUCUCGAAAAACACGUUUUCAGUUUAUUAUCACGCAAUAAUUCUUCUAGAGGAUCAGAGCUGAUUAUGUGUGUUACUACUUGUGCCAUGAGGAAUACUGUAUUAUUUUUACCAUAUACUAUUUCUUUCGGUGUUUAUUAUUGUCUUAAAGUGUCAAGUGGUGUAGCAGCAGGGGAAACGUCAUGGUCGAAUCAAGAAAAAGGUGAUAAAAUCUGUUUUGAUUAAAAAAAAGGAAAAGAAACUUUUGCAACAGAAGAAACAAGAAAAGUACAAACGAAUUAAUCUAUCAUCAUCAAUACACCGCACCAAGAUGCCGUACCAACUUGUACUCUUCUACUAAGCUACUAAGUACUCUUGCAUUCUAUUUCAGUCUUGCCAUGCUUCACUUGCCUUCUUUCUCCAUACCAGCAAAACGGCACACUGUUUUAUUUCGUCUUUUCCACGUCUUUCCCAACUCUCCUUAUCCAACACGGCGAUACUUCUACCAGAGCUUUAACGACACGAUAUUUGUUGUCUUGCUCUAUAUGGCCAGCCAAGUAUUACACAUGCGAUGGCGAUGAUAUAUUUUAUAGAUACACGUGUACAUCAUGGUGAGGUUUUGAGACAUAGUAGUAAACUGUUAUGACUAAGCUCUCGGUGACUAAGUUGGUUGGUUUAUGAAGUUGUGAAUUACUAGUAUUUUACUAUUUUUAAGGUAGAUCUGUAAAAUUGGAGAAAAUUGGCAUAGAUUCAUUGUGGAAACUAGAAAGAGUAUGUAAAACAAAAUUAAGUGAGAAAGAUAGAUAUAAACAAGAGAUUCAAUAAACUAAAGGGCUUCUAACUUCAAUCGAUUGGAAGUUUAAUGGGCUGAAUGGCCUCAGUUUGAACAAAACAUUUGUAAUCAAUAGAUGAAAAAUUAACUACAGUUCAUGAGCUUAAUGGCUAGUCCUCGUUUUGUUUUGCGAAUUAGCCCAACAAUUGUCAGAUAGAUAUGAUAGGGCCGUCCUCUGGCCCAUAUAUCUCUCACUUUUCCGUUUUUUUCUUUUCUGCGGAUAAAAUUCAUUUUUCCGUUAUCAAGGCUUUGGAAGACACCGCACCAAUGUCACAAGAUCUCCUAUCACAUUCUCACGGAUUUGGCAGCGAAUCAAGGAGGUGUUAAUAACGGUGGGAAGAAAGGUGCACAGCAGCAACAUGCUUCUUCCAAGUCUCAGGUGGCGAUAUUUGUUGCAUUAGCGAUGGUAUUGCGUAGGAAGCCUGAUGCAUUGAUUAAUGUGUUGCCUAGUCUUAGAGAGAAUCCGAAGUAUCAAGGUCAGGACAAGCUUCCGGUUGUAGUUUGGAUGAUGGCUCAGGCCUCUCAAGGUGAUUUAUCCGUAGGGUUGCUUUCAUGGGCACACAACUUGUUACCUGUAGUCAGUAACAAAAACUGCAACCCUCAGUCGAGAGAUCUCAUCUUACAGUUGGUUGAGACAAUUUUGUCGAAUCCAAAGGCUAGGACUAUACUUGUAAGUGGAGCUGUAAGGAAGGGAGAGCGAUUGAUUCCACCUCCUUCAUUUGAGAUCUUGGUUCAGCUUACAUUCCCUGCUUCAUCCGCAAGAGUCAAGGCUACAGAGAGGUUUGAGGCAGUAUAUCCGUUACUGAAGGAAGUGGCUCUUGCCGGUGCACCAGGAAGCAAGGCGAUGAAACAAGUCACUCAACAGAUAUUCACUUCCGCUCUGAGAUUAGCUGGAGAAGGUAAUCCCGUUUUAGCCAAGGCAGCUGCAGGAAUCGCUGUAUGGGCUGUGACGGAGAACGUGGAUUGCUGCAAACACUGGGACAAUCUCUAUAAGGAGAAUCUUGAAGCUAGUGUUGCUGUUCUUAAAAGACUUGUAGAGGAAUGGAAGGAGCAUUCACUCAAGCUAUCAUCAUCGCCGAGUAGUACUGUUACUCUCAACCGAACUAUUAAGAGCUUCAGGCUUAAGAACGAGGAAGGCAUCUGUGAAGGAAGAGGCAAUGGUUCUCUUUACAGAGAAGCUGAUAAGUUCUGCAAAGUGAUAUCAGGGAGACUCUCCAGUGGAAGUGGCUGCCUCAAAGGAACAGCGAUUACUCUUGUGGUUCUAGCUGCCGCUGGAGCAGCUGUUCUGUCUUCCAACCGUGAGGGGGCUACAUCCGAGCUGAAGAGCCUGGUAGACUCAUUGGAGCUGCACCAGUACUAUAACGCAAUCAUCACAGCUUUGAAGAAUUAAAAAGAGGAGAGAAACAAAACAAACCUGAGGAUGAUAAGCAGAGAUGGUAACUUAUAACUUUGAUUAUAGAGUCAGUGUAGAGAAUUUAGACUCUUUAAAUUUGAGUAAUAAAAGAUAAUUUUUUUCCCA